AUGUCAAAUGAAAUAACCAGGGGUCCUGAAGUUGAAAUUAAAAUCUCUGCUAAGGAUUCCGAGCUUGCUACAAGUGAGGGGGACUAUGCAUCUUCAGCGGAUGAACACAACAACUCUGGUUUAAGUGAAAAUGAAGACCUAGAAAGUGAGGAUAGUAGCAGAGAAUAUGACCCAAAAACUGAUGAACCAAAAAGCCCUUCAAAAAAACUUAACAAGGAAACUAAAGGUAGAGAUCUUGACCUGGACCUGUCAGAUGGAGGGGAUCUAGAAAAUGAGGACAAAACGUUGCUGGGAAAUAGCAAAGUAUCUCUAAAAGAUGACAGCUCAUCUACUUCUAGUGAAAAUGAAGUUGGGUUUGAUGAUGAAAGGACGUGGGAUGACCUUGGCAACGUACCAAGCCUUAAAGGGGUUUAUGAAAGCAAGUUUGCCAACAAGGAGUUUAUUCCAUCGGAAUAUACCAGCAAAAGCCCUACAGACAUUCCAAACAAAGCCAUCACUAGAAAAAUGGCAUCAAAAAAGGGAGAGUCAAUGAAGACUGGAACUGCUGCUACCCCUGACCCUCCAGCAUCAGAACUGAUGUUGAAACUGUUCCCAGCAUUAAAGCCAAAAGCAAAGCCAGAAUCUCGGGCUGUGCCUAAAUAUAUACCCGUUCAAGAAGGCCCAGGAGAUUCUGCUCGAUCACAGCUCUUGAAAGAAAAACUGGUUGAAUUGGAAACCGAGAUUGAACGAUUUAAGAUGGAGAAUGCUUCGCUGGCAAGACUACGUGAGGACAAGGAAAAAACUUUGGAAACUCUCAAAAAAGAAGUUGCGGACUUUGAACAGCAAAAAGCCAAGGAGUUAGCCAGGAUUGAAGAGUAUAAAAAGGAAGAAAUGAAAAAACUCCAGAAAGAGCGGAAAGUGUUUGAAAAAUAUGCCAGUGUAGCACGGGCGAUGCCUGACAAGAAGGAACGAGAGGAGAUCCAGGUGAGAGCCAUAGGCUGGCUGUCCAGGUAUUGCAAUCUAAGGAGGAGAUGUUGGGGCCCUUUUGUUACUAUUGGCAUGUAA